UUCACGCACCUGUCCACGGAAUCUUGUAUUUUUAUAGAUAUCGUCUACCGAAGACUGAUGACGUCAUGCUGAUCAGCUGGAAACCAAUGUUGUAACGAUCUCUACGAUGUGAUCCGAUUUUCUUCUAGUGAAUUCGCACUCGAAAUUUCUCCUCGUUAAUAGAUGUCAAAAUGAUUAAUACGAAUGUCACGAUAUUAUACGGCAGUGAAACCGGAACUGCUGAAGACGUAGCUGAACAAAUUUGGAAAAGUGCCAAAAGGAAAGGUUUACAAAGUUCUGUCUCUGCAUUGAAUGACUAUGACAUUCAAAAUCUUAAUUUGGAGAAAAUUAUAGUCUUUGUGGUUGCUACAACAGGUCAGGGUGAUCCUCCUAACAAUAUGAAACAAUUUUGGAGAUGUCUGUUGAGAAAGAGUUUGCCAACAGCGUUACUGAGUGAUGUAAAGUAUGGAGUGUUGGGUUUAGGUGAUAGUUCCUAUGCGAAAUUUAAUUUUGCAGCAAAAAAGUUGAACAAAAGAUUGUUACAACUAGGUGCUAAGGAAAUACUACCUAUUGGAUUAGCAGACGAUCAACAUGAUUUAGGGAUAGAUGCAGUUAUUGAUCCUUGGCUACAAGAAUUAUGGACAAAAAUUGCAGAUAUAUUUCAUAUAAAUACAACAGAUUUGAUUAUUGAUCAAGAUAAAAUAAUUGAAAGAUUUAGUAUUUCCGAAAUACAUACAGAUUCUGUAAAUGAUGACUAUUGUAUAGAAAAUAAUAUUUAUAUGAGAGAAGUACUUACAAAUAAUGAAAUGAAGGUGGGUACAGUAAUUGAAAAUACAAGAACCACUGCCGAAGAUCAUUUUCAGGAUGUUAGAUUGAUUAAAAUGAAAUCAAAUAAUCUUAACUACCAACCUGGAGAUGUGGUUUAUGUUAGACCAAAAAAUUCUAGGCAACAAGUUGAUAAGUUUUUUAAUGUAUUAAGUAGUAACAAUGUGCAAUUAGAUCCAGAUACAAGAAUCCAAGUGUCAGAAAAAGAAGUUAAAGUGCCAUCGGUCUUAAGGCUGCCUUUAACUUUACGACAAAUUGUAGAACAAUACUGGGAUUUAAAUUUUAAACCAAGAAGACACACUAUGCAAGUGUUGUAUCAUAUUAGCGACAAUGUAUUAGAGAAAGAGAAGUUCCAUGAGUUUACAACAAUAAGUGGUCAAGAGGAAUUGUACAAUUAUAUUAAUAGGCCAAGGAGAAAUAUUAUAGAAUUAUUUGCUGAUUUUCCCCACACAACCAGUAAACUAAAUAUAAAAUUUUUAUUUGAGAUUAUGUCUCCUAUAAAACCUCGUGCUUUUAGCAUAGCAUCAAGUUCAACAACCACUAAAAAUGAAAUUCAUUUGCUGGUUGCUGUGGUAAAGUACAAGACUAAAUUGUUUGAACCAAGAUAUGGUUUGUGUUCCAACUGGUUAGCUAGCUUACAGGAGGAAGAAAAAGUAAUAUUUUGGUUACAAAAAGGAACCUUUAAGUUCACAUAUGAUAAACCAAUGAUACUGAUUGGGCCUGGAACAGGUGUUGCCCCAUUUCGUUCUGUAUUAUUAGAUAAAUCUGCACUAGAUAAUGACUUAAGCAACUGUAUUCUUUUCUUCGGAUGCAGAAAUAAAGAAAAAGAUUAUCACUGUAAAGAUGAUUUUGAACACAUGUCACAGAAAUUGCAUUUGAAUUUAUUCUGUGCUUUUUCUAGAGACCAAGAAAAUAAAAUAUAUGUACAACAUGUUAUACAAGAUCAAAAACAGCUAUGUUGGGAAUUUCUUAACAGAAAUGGUAGCAUUUAUUUAGCAGGUACUGAACCUGUACGACUUUCUCCUGGAUGGGAAGGUACUGGCAGACCUGAUGAUGAAUUGAACUUUAAAGGAGUCACAAUGGAUCAAGCAGACCUUGAAUUAAAUCCACCCAGAGAUAGAUUAAAUAUUGUAUUCCUCAUAAUGGUACUUCAUGGAAUUGGUGCCUUGAUGCCAUGGAAUAUGUUCAUAACAGCAAAAAAAUAUUUUGUUGACUACAAGUUAUCUAAGGAUUAUACAGGGAUUGAAACAGAUUAUGACAAAAAUUUCCUUGCAUAUGUGGGAUUUGCAGCGCAAAUACCAAAUGUACUAUUUAAUUGGUUAAAUAUAUUUAUACAAUUAGGUGGCAAUUUGACAACACGUAUAGUAUGGAGCAUCUUCAUACAAGUUUUGAUAUUUGUAUGUACUGUUAUUUUGGCAAUGACUGAUAGUUCUGGUUGGCCUGGUGUCUUUUUCUGGAUUACCAUGGUUUCUAUUGUUAUAUUAAACACUGCUAAUGGAAUUUACCAAAACUCUGUGUUUGGUAUGGUUGCAAAGUUACCCACAAAGUACACAGGAGCUGUUAUCUUAGGCGCGAAUUUAAGUGGAACAUUCACAGCCAUAAUUAAUUUUAUCGCUGAUUACAUGUCACCGAAUGCUCGAACUGCUGCAAUAUACUAUUUUAUAACGGCUCUCUUUGUUCUUUUGGCAUGCUUUGAUACUUACUUUGCACUUCCAAUAAAUAGGUUUUAUCGAUGUCAUGAAUUAUUAAAUCAAAAGGAAUUAAAUAAAAGACAAUUAGAAAAUAAAGGAAGAGGGAAGCAUGAUAGAGUGCCAUAUUGGAAAAUAUUCGAACAGUGUUUUCCCCAAUGUUUCAACACAUUUUUCGUGUUCUUCGUGACCCUUUCCUUGUUUCCUGCUGUGCAGUCUGAUAUACAACGUUCAGAUCCAAAUUUUAUAGUUACAUCAGAGUACUAUGCUUCUGUUAUGUGUUUUCUCACAUUUAAUAUUACCGCUUUGAUUGGAAGUUCUAUUGCAUCAUUGGUACAGUGGCCUAGUAAAAGGUAUUUGGUAAUUCCAGUUGUUUUACGUGUUUUAUUUAUACCAUUGUUUUUAAUGUGCAAUUAUAGACCAAAACGUCUCAUAAGAUUACUACCAGUAUACAUUAAUAACGACUGGAUUUAUUUUAUAAUUGCUGUAACAAUGGGUGUAAGUAGCGGUUACUAUUCGUCGCUGGCCAUGAUGUACUGUCCCAGAAUGGUAGAUCCACAAUAUGCUUCAACGGCUGGCAUGUUUGCCGCAGCAUCAUUAAUUACAGGAAUUUUUACUGGUAUAUUGUUCUGCUUGGUAAUGCCUAUUGUGGUAGCAAAUUUAUCGUUUUAAUCUGUACACUAUUGGAUUAUGGAUCAUUAACACAUUUUUAAAGAUUGAUUCCGAAAUAGGUGAAUCAAAAUGAGAAGAGUAUAAAAAUAAAAAUAAAAAUUUAUUGACACAAUUUUCUUUCAAAAUUAUAUUAUUUAUAUUUUUGAGAAAAUUGGUUUCUAUAGGUUUCUUAUUAAUACGGUAGAUGAAACUGAAAAUAAAUGUUUUAAUUAAUUGUAAAACAAUUUCGUUAAAUGGAAUAUACAUGAUCUUAAUUUAUUGAUUGAUACCUAACUUAAUGCAAAACUGUUUUAUUUAUAAAUUAAAAAGAAAAAGGAGUAAGAACGUAUCCGCGUUAAAAUAGAGAAGCGGAAGUCGUUAUAUCAUGUAAAUGAUCUUAAUGGUUAAUCACUCCAAUGAAACUACUACUAUCUAGAAUUGGACCAAUAAGCCUUACUAAUCACAUAUUGCUAGGUUUUUCAAUACAUAAGUUGAUUCAAAGCCGCUAAAAUAAGCACAUCAAAAAUCGUAUAAUUAGUAUUUGUUACUUACACAGACCAAAUUUAUGAUAAGACUGUGCUUUGUUACCUUUUUUGUACUAACAAUACAAUUAAUUCAGAACUGAGCUGUAUGUCCCAAAAUGAUGAUCGAUAUAUCAUUCUUGUUUUCGUUAUCGAAAACUCAGUAACUGUACUAAUUCACUCGAAGUAUUUCCAACGUUGCGAAAUUAUCACGCAUGCAUUUAACAAGUGCGUCAAGCUAUUUUGACUAAUACCCACGCAAAUCUUGCACAGGAAACUUUUAAGGUUUGAUGACUAAUUUAAUAAUACUUUACUUAGAUGUGUUCUCUCUUUUUCGUAAUUAAUAAGUAUACUAUCCUUUAAAAAGGUAUUUUACAAUUUUUAAGUGUUUUUACAUUAAGUUUUCAUGUUUGUUUUAUAUAAUUUUUUUUCAAUAUCUACAAUUGAGAUUUAUGUUUGUAAAACACCGAAGUAUUAAAUGCUUAUACACAUAGACCAUGACAAUAAAAUUGAUCUUUUAUUUGAUAGAAAUAUUAGUUUCAGUAAUCUCUUAUUUGUUUUUUACAUUUAAAAACAGUAUAUAAAAAUAGUAUGUAAUACUAUAUGCUUACCAAGUACUUCUCUUUACUCUGUGCAUUAACAAACUGAUUAAGACAGUAACUAUAAGUGAACAGUAAUAUGACAACUUGAACUGUACCGUAUAUUACAAGCUCAAUGAAACAGCGCUACGAAUCUUUCUGUACAUUUAUAAAAUAUAUAUAUUGUAUUUGUUAACACAUGACAUGACUACUGAAUGUAUGACUCAAAGAUGUGAAACACUACAUACUUUAUGUUGAAUACCAUGUCUUCAUUCGAAUAAUUUGUAAAUGAUGUAUACUAUUUUAUUAUUUCAUUUCUGUGAUUAUAGUCAGCAGGAAUCAGUUUUUAUUUAAAUAAUAAGAUAUUGCUCAGAAUUGACUCAAAUCGGAAGUAUUUUAAAAUAAAUUUGAUUACAUGCGAAAGAAGAUCAAACUAAAGUAUACAUCAUUGAAUGUAAACCUUCGUUGGAGAACAAUUGUCAGGAUUUGUAAAUAUUGUCUAAGUGCUUCCACAUGUUAUACUCUAACAUGUGAUAAUUAAAAAUUUGCAUUUUUAUUAUA